UUCAAAAUCCCCCCAAAUCCUCUCAAUUUUCGAAAAUCCUCACACACACAAAAAAAAAAUGGCAGGAAGAGGGAAAUCACUAGGAGGAUCUGCAGGAGUAGCCAAGAAAGCUACGUCAAGAAGUAGCAAAGCCGGUCUUCAGUUUCCCGUCGGUCGUAUCGCUCGUUUUCUCAAAGCCGGCAAAUACUCCGAACGUAUCGGUGGCGGCGCUCCGGUCUAUCUCGCCGCCGUCCUUGAAUACCUCGCUGCUGAGGUGCUUGAAUUGGCUGGAAAUGCAGCAAGGGACAACAAGAAAACAAGGAUUGUGCCCAGACACAUUCAGUUAGCUGUAAGGAACGACGAAGAACUGAGCAAGCUUCUUGGUGAUGUGACGAUUGCUAACGGCGGUGUCAUGCCAAACAUUCACAACCUUCUUCUUCCAAAGAAAGCUGGUGGUUCUUCAAAAGUGUCCGUUGAUGAAGAUUAGAGGUUUUUAGGUAUCUGUCGUUGAAGUGUUCUACUUUCGUAUCGACUUUAGAGUUUGUGUUUGUUUUAGUAGGGAGUGUAAUCAGAGGAUGUUGAUUAAGCUUAGUUUAAUGUGUUCAUAUAUGAUGUGUUAUUUCAUCUUAAUCAAAAGAAAUCUUGCUUUAA